ACAUCAACUCGACGGAACUCCUCGAACACGGCUACAAAUCAACCACAUUCGAUUUACCCUCCGACAAGACUCGCAAAGUAGCGAAAUCAAACGAGAUGGCGACAGCAUAUUACUUCGCAGCGCACUUCAACAUGCCCGGAAACCAUGCGAUGAACGAGCCCUGGUUCCCUGCCACUACGUUUUACAAUGUGUCGCCGCUAUCGCCUGUUCUGAUCGGGCAAGCGGAAGCCCAGAUCCAGCCUACUCUGUCAACACAACUCGCGACGACAACGACAAGAACAACAACAACAAUGAGAAAUAAUGGAACAAACAACCAAUCGACUUCCAUCUUUUUCCGUCUUCCAGCGGAAUUACGCAAUCAAAUCUACGAAGAGCUCCUCUGCCCCAACACACCACAUCACAAAAAUCUAGCCACGUAUUCUACGCCAUCGAAGCCACCAGCUGUUUACCCAGCUAUCCUUCAAACAUGUCGCAAGGUACAUGAAGAAGCCCAAGAUCUUCUUUACACAACACAUGUCUUCCACGCCCACCGGUCCCUCUUGACCGCUCUGCCACAUCUGAUCUGCCCAGAGAAGCCAAUCUUGUCUCAAUCUGGCAUCGCAAAGAUCAAUCGCUGGCAACUUGAACUACGUCUGGAUAUCGAUCCCCGGUUCACUAGCAGUCAAGCUACGGCCGCAUUCUCCGGUGCUGAGUUUUUAGAAGUGAAGGUUUGGCAGAGCAUGUUUGAUGGGGCUGAUAACUCGCACUUAAGACUGUUCACUGGUGUGAGAGGAGUAGGGGUUGCGAAGGUUACCGGUUGUGAUGAUGAGGGGUUAGCGAGGUGGUUGGAGGCGAGGAUGAUGAUGCCGAUUGAGCAGGAAGUAAAGAAUGAAGGGGGCUGUUGUCAGUGUGGCAAUAAGGUGGGUGGGGACAUGACAUGGUUUGGUGCGGCCAGAGAUCCUUGGACCUUUGGAAACAGAUAGAAAGAAGGUGGAAAGUGUUGGGUCAAGAAUAGACGGCGACACGGAAAUGGUCAUUUAGGUGGAGUGAUUUGUGUGGUAACUUCGUUAUUGGUAGAUGUCCAAAUAUAGAGCACUUUGAAUAGAGAAUCGAACAAUUACUUGCUCAG